CCCAAAGAUGGGGACGGAAAGGACGGGGACGGUUCUCAACAGCACGCGAUGGCCAAAACCGACAGCGGGCGCUGUUGGGCAGGCGGCCCUCGUUCCAAAUGGACAACGUCCGCAGCGAUGCCGACAACGAGCCCUGCUCAAAGUGGACGGGGUCCCCAUCGCUUCCGUCCUCACUUCGGCCCCCCCCGAACGGAGGAGAUGCGGAAACGAAGCGCCGAGCAUGCGACACAAAGGGCCCAGCCAAGCGCACACCGCGUGCGCGCCUUGAAACCACUGGGGGCGUCCAGCUGUACCUUCCUGGCGGCUGCGGGAGCGCAGCUCCCGCAGCCGCAGGCGGCCGUUGACCUCGUCCACAAAAAAGGGCGCAGGCGCGACUCGUUGGAGUUUCAAAAAGUAAUCCUGCGCCCUGUGAGCGUCGCUCCAAGACAUCCGACGCCACGACUUCUGUGAACGCCUGGCCCUGAGACCGCUCGAGCCCAUGCCCGCGACUGGUGUUUCGCUUCGGCUCGUCUUCUGAAGACUGGCUCUGAACGUGCCCCCACCCCGC